GUUUGAGACCAUUUCUCUCUCUCAUUUUACCAUUCAAAAUUGAAAUUUCCACAUAUAUAUUAAUUCCUCCCUCUCAAUUUCUCCUUAAAACAUCACUUCCCACCACCCAGCUCUUUCAACCUGCUUUCUUUCUUUGACUUCAUAAGGGGAAUUUCGUGGUUGAAGCAGAACCACAUGUUGUUAUAAUUUUUAGCCAUUUUAGCUUCAGUUUGUGUUGCAUGAGCUUCUACCUCAACAGGCUGUUAAAGUUCUUUCCUUUUGGUGGUUUAUUAUAUUCAUAUGAUUUGAACCUUCUUGUGUUGCAAAGUUUAUAGCAAUAGUCACUAGUCAGUUGUAUUCAACAGCUGAAUUCUGUACAAAGCAUGGGGUGUUUCAUGGUCUUGAAGAGCAAGAAGAAGAAGACGGAUCAAAUUUUGCACUCAAAAAGCGUCUGCCAUAAUUGUCAUGCACCUAUAAUACUGCCUGAACCUCAAUCUCGUACUCGUUUAUUAAAAUCUGCACCUCCUAGUUUUAGGACUAGAGCGAAACUCGUUCACCCCAUUAAUAAAGUUAACAACAACAUAACACGGGCAUUAUCUGCUCCAUCAGCUCUUGAUGUAGCAGAUCAAGAGGCUCUGGCCUCAGUUGAGUAUGAGGAACGAGACGAGUCAAAUUACCAAACAGGCUCAAUGAAGGAGCAGCAUUCAUUUAGUCCACAACCAUUACCUCUUCCAUCUGGUCAGGGUGGUGGUGCAUUGAAGGUUACUGGCAGCUUUAAGUCAAGGACAGCUAGUGGUCCUUUAUAUGCUUCUGGACUAAUUCCUGAUUCAGCAGAACAACAUGGUUUGGCCUUAUUUGAGUAUGAGGAACAAGAAGAGUCAAAACACCGAGUUGGAUCGCUGAACGAGCAACGUUCAUCUAAUCCACAACCUUUGCCUCUCCCAUCUCAUAAGGGUGGUGGUGGUGCAUUGAAGGCUUCGGGGAUGGCUAGUGGUCUUCUACAUGCUUCUGGACCUUUGCCACUUCCACCAACUGGACUGCUUAGAAACUUUCCAUAUGAGGAAAUUGCUACUGCUUGCCACAACUUCUCUUCAGAUAGAUGCAUGUCAGAAUGUCUUUCUUCGACAAUAUAUAAAGCUUCAUUUGGUGAUGAUGCUUCGAGUUCAAAGAAGUUUGAAGCCACUGUGACGCGCCUUCAGUCGUCAACUCAGGGCUUGAAGGAAUUCAUAAAUGAGGUUAAUACUCUUGCAUCUUUGCAACAUGCAAACCUCUGUAAAUUGCUCGGAUUUCAUGCACGUGAUGGCUCUGAACCACGGAUGUUGGUUUAUGAGAGGCUAUACCAUGGAAGCUUGGACCGCCUGUUGUUUGGGAGAUCUGAUGGCCCUUCAAUUGAUUGGAACACACGAAUGAAAAUUGCCAUAUGCGCUGCACAAGGUCUUACUUUCUUGCAUGAAGAAGGGCCUUUCCAGGCAAUGUAUAAUGAAUUUUCAGCAGCCAACAUACAGAUUGACAAGGAUUUCAGUGCAAAGCUUUCUGGAUACGGUUGCGCUGGACAUGUUCCUGAAGAAGAGAUUUCAAGCAAUUCAUCUGCUGUUGGAAACCUAUCCAUGGAGACAUUGGAAAGAGGAAUUCUUACUCCAAAAAGCAAUGUAUGGAGUUUUGGGAUUACCCUUUUGGAACUACUUACUGGCAGAAAGAAUCUUGAUAGCCAUCACCUCAAGGAAGAGAGGAACUUAGUCAAGUGGAGCCGGCCUUUCCUGGCUGACGAUUUUCGACUGUCACUGAUUAUGGAUCCUAAACUUAAAGGUCGUUUUCCUACCAAAGCAACGAGAGCAGUAGCUGACAUUGCACAAAGAUGCCUCCAAAAGGAGCCAUCAGAAAGACCAACCAUGAGAACCAUUGUUGGGCAUCUCAAAAUGAUACAAGAUAUGAAGUACUCUUGUUGGUUCCCUCUACAAGAGCCAGCACCUAUGUCUUCAAAACAAAUUUCAAGAUCACCAAGUCUUGAUGGCAUCACAUGUCAUGCAGGUAAAUCGAGUCUCUCUCCAUCGCCACCAUCCUUAGCCAGACCAUCUGAUUCGCCUCCAAGAUGGUCUGGCAUGCCCACACUGCAUCCUCCUCUCCGCGCCUGUUCCUCAACACUAUCUAUGGAGGAGCAUGGUAGACAGGAAAGCAGGAAGUCAUCAUCCUCAGUGUGUAGGAGAGCAAGUAUUGAAGGAUAUUGACUAUCUGUAAUGUUUCAUUAUUUCUUUAUAUUAUUAUUAUUGUGUGAUUCAACACACAUGUUUAUAGGAGAUAAAAAUUUGAUUCUUCCACCUUGCCAUCUCUCCAUGAUGCCGAGAACCUGUUCUUUUGUAGAUAGUGCAAAGGGUGGUCAUAUUAGGUUGAAUUAAUUACCCCAUUAAAAUAAAAAUUUACAUGGUCUCAAACACUUUGCUU